UCCGUGCCCCCAAAAUCUUUCCCUUUCUCUUCCUCUCUUCUCCUCGAUUGAAUCAAUCCCUUCUGCAAUCUCCAAAUUUUCUUUCCCUUCUCUUUCUUUUCCCAGUAAUUGCAGUGCCAGUGCGUGCAAGAAAAGAGGGAGAGAAGUUUUCAUCGGGAAGGUAAAGCUUUCCCUCCCUUCUUCACUUCCUCCUUCCAUCUUCCUCCCCUGAAUCCCCCGCGUGCCUUCCGUUUUACCUAUGAGGAAAAGAAAAAGCCCUGUUUUCUCAAAGUGAAUGAAUUAAUGCUGUUAAUUUGAGCACAAAAGAUAAGCCCCCCACCCAUUUUCCAAAGGAAAUCUCAACAGGCUUUAGUUCCUCACAACUGACUCCUUCUGCUCUCUGCUCUGCUCCCACUAUCACUACCUACUGUUUAGUAUUUCCUGUAAAAAGUCUGAUUCUUGUAGCAUAAAUCUCGGGAGAGUUCUCAAGGAACUAAAAUUUUUAGGGCAAAAAGAUUGCGUAGGAGAGAGAAAGUUUCGAUUUUUCAUUUUGUUUUUUGUUUUGGGUUCUUUUAGGAAGGAGAAGGCAAAGUGAGAAGAUAAGAUAGUGAGAGAUAAUGGAGGGUGGUUCUACUAAUACCACUUCAUGCAUGAUGGCAUUUGGAGACGAUGGUAAUGGACUAUGUCCCAUGACGAUGAUGCCACUCAUGACUUUACAUCAUCAUCAUCAUAAUAAUAAUCAUCGGCAUGUUAAUGUGGUGGACUCGAGCUCCUUAUUUCUUCCUCUUACUCUUCCGACCAACAAUCAGGAGCAGAACCACAACAGCAGCAGCGGUUCCUCCAUGAUUCUUGACGAUCACAACAACAACGACAACAACAACAACAACAAUUCUGCUGCUGCAGCCGGGUGUUAUUUCAUGGACAACAACGAUGGCAGCUCAUCUAAUUCAGUCAAGGCUAAGAUCAUGGCUCAUCCUCACUACCACCGUCUCUUGGCUGCCUAUGUCAACUGUCAAAAGGUAGGGGCACCGCCGGAAGUGGUGGCAAGAUUGGAAGAAGCUUGUGCAUCUGCGGCGGCUAUGGGGCCUGCUGGUGUUGGCUGCAUCGGUGAAGAUCCUGCACUGGACCAGUUCAUGGAGGCUUACUGUGAGAUGCUGACCAAGUACGAGCAAGAGCUCUCUAAACCCUUCAAGGAAGCCAUGCUUUUCCUCCAAAGGGUUGAGUCUCAGUUCAAAGCCCUCACCGUUUCUUCUCAAAGCUCUGCUUGUGGUGAGGCCAUUGACAGGAAUGGAUCAUCCGAAGAGGAGGUUGAUGUGAACAACAAUUCCAUAGAUCCCCUAGCGGAAGAUCAAGAACUUAAAGGCCAGCUUCUGCGCAAGUACAGUGGUUAUUUAGGCAGUCUGAAACAGGAAUUUAUGAAGAAACGGAAGAAAGGAAAGCUGCCUAAGGAAGCCAGGCAACAGCUGCUAGACUGGUGGAGUAGGCAUUACAAAUGGCCUUACCCAUCGGAGUCACAAAAGCUUGCUCUUGCUGAGUCUACCGGCCUCGAUCAGAAGCAAAUAAACAACUGGUUCAUCAAUCAAAGAAAAAGGCACUGGAAGCCUUCAGAAGAAAUGCAGUUUGUGGUGAUGGAUGCUACUCAUCCCCACUAUUACAUGGACAAUGUUCUGGGCAACCCUUUCCCCAUGGAUCUCUCUCCUACACUACUCUGAUAAUGGUGAGAUGAUGUUAAAUUAAUAUCAAAAUGGAACUGCUUUUAAAUGUAAAAUUUCCAUCAUUUGAUGGAGAAUUAUAUUAUGUUACUUAAUGCUCAUGCAUACCUCUUGUAUGUACCUGAAGACGAAUAUAAAUUCGGAUGGCUAUAGAGUAGUAAUUUUUAUAUUCUUAUUUACAUAUCAUUUGUGGGUUAAUUUUAAUUUGUUACGUCUCUAUUGUGAUUCCUAAAGACUAAGCAUUUUAGGUUUUAUAGCUAGCAAAGCAGCCUUCUUUUUUUCCUCUUUUAUGAAUAUUAGUUUAAAGUUUGGAACUUUUGUGCUAAUUUUUUGUUUGUGAAAUGUUAUUAAGUAGUAUUCUGGAGUUUUUAGACUUCAAGCUCAUUGGUUAUCGUACUGUUUGGAGUAUACAUCUAUAUAUUAUGAGGCUUAAUUAUGUUCUCUAUAAUUGUGUGAAAGUCUGAGAAUAACUGAGAUUUCUAAUGAAGAUGAACCCAAAAUUCUGCAAUAGGUCAGUGCUUGAUGGUGAUGAAAGUAGGGCUUUAUCAAUAUCAAGAGGAAUUUUACGUUCUUUUGGGUUCUUAUCUGCAAUUAGCCAUUGUGAUUCAUCGACUGUAACAUCUCAAUCAUUAGGAUCUUAUGAGAUUUCAGUGGCCAACAUCCUGGAGAUAACAUGUUUCAUGCAUAAUGCUUUAGCUUUUUCAAGGCAUGUUCUCAUCUUUUUCAAUGCUCAAAUUCCUCUAUUCUCCUGUGGACUUUGCUCAUUUGCGUCUAUUUCUAUUUUAUUUUUUUAUUUUUUUGCAGUAUUUGUUCCUCUUUUCCUCUGUACUUUUAUUUGUAUCUAUCUUUCAGAGAAAGUUGUACAAAUCUCAAUAACUAACUUGAAAAAGG